CAACAACAAUAAUAUAUUUAUUUCGAAAAAUAAAAAACUAUCAAAAAUUCAAUAACAAAUUAAUUAUCCAAUUCUUUGUGUUAUUAUUAUUUUUUUUUUUAAAAAUAAUAUAAACAUGUAUUUUUGAUGAACAAUGUUUAUAAAUGAAUAACCUAAAUUGUUUUUAAUUUGACAUCUGUUGUUAGUACACAAAGUGGGAUCAAUAACAAAUUGACUUGUAGGAAAAUAUAUUUAUAGUAAUCUAGAUAUGGUAUUAAUUUACAUUAAGGGUUGAGUAAAUCACACAGUGUCUUUGAGUCACUUGUUUCGAAUACAUGAUCAAUUGAUUAUUGUCAAACACCGGUUGUUCAACUUCAAGGUACUUCAAGUCUCUUCAAGACACUUCAAGGGACUUCAAGAUGAUAAAAUUAUAAUUAAUCCAAAAAAAUAAAUGAUACAAAGAUGUAUCAAAUAACUCCAAUAAGUUGGAUAAACAAAAUUUUACUUAUUUCAAGUAUUGGAUGUACAACACUGUGUUUAAUCAUUGAAAAUUAUCUUGAUUUUAUAACAUUUUCACUUAUUUGGUCAUUCAUUGUCAUCACAACAUCAACUUGGCUUUGUUGUUAUAUUUUAAAAUCAACAAUUAAACCAACAAACUCAAUUUAUCUCAAACCAUACAAAGAAUGGUUAAUAAAAAAAUUAAAUUCCCAAAAUAUUGAUAAUUCAUGGAAAAUAAAAAAUAAUAAAAUUCAUAAAAAUAUAUUAACAGCAUCCCAGAUUGAUAAAUUUGUUGAUUACAUAGAAAAAAAUUUUAUUAAAAAUUGGUAUGAUAUGAUAACAGAUGAUGAAACAUUUACAAAUGAAUCAAGAAAAAUAUUAAAGGAAAUAAUUCAAAAAUUAGUUGAUGAAAUAUCUAAGAUAAAUGGUACAUGUUUAAUUAAAAAAAUAGCUGAUAUAUUAUUGGUACAUUUAAAAGAAUUUCGUCGUUCAUUACGUAGAAUUGAAAAAGGUACAGCUAAAAAUUUAAAUGAUGCAUAUAAAUAUUCACAUACAGGUGUUAAAAAUUCAUCAUCAUUAGAAUAUAGUUUGCAUCGUUCAGUAACUCUUGUUGCUCGUGAAAUUUUACCACGUGAUUUAUUGAGCUCAUUACCAGGUCAAUUUUUAAUAUCUGUAUUGUCCAAACAACUAUUGACGAUGAUGAUAGAAAUUAGUAAACCAGAAAAAAUUAUAAAUCAAGUAUCUAAUAUUUUAAAACCUUCUGAUCAAUCAGUUUUAGCUAGUGGAAUAAUUACCACUGAUGUAACAAUAGAAAAAACACCAACACCAAUAGAUUUAUCAAUUGAUUUAUCAGCAAAAAUUAGCUGUGAUGAUAAAACUAGUGAAUUAAAUUCAACAGAGGUUGAUCAAUCAUCUAGUUUUGAUGGUGAUGUGAUUAAUUCAACAAAUGAGACAAAAACUGGUCUUUGGGCUGAUUCAGUUGAUGAUAUUGAUGAUAAACAUUCACCAAUUUAUGAAGAACCAACUGAUUUUGCAACGACAAUUGAAAGAUUACGAAAUUUAUUACAUGAAAAAGCAACAACAGAUACUAGUCCAAUACAAAAUGAAGAAUUAACAUAUGAAUUUUGUGAACGUUCACAAUUUUUAAAUUUAGCAAUUACAAAAACAGAGAUUUAUACAGCAAUUGAUGGUUCACAACAAAUUUUAUAUUGUAUUCAAUUUGAUGAUAUUGAACAAAAUGGUGAAUGUACAUUUGAAAAAACAACAACAAUUGUUAAAAAAAAUUAUUCAGAUUUUGUUAAGCUACAUUCAAAUAUAUUAGAUCAAAUAAAAAAUAAAACAAUACCUGAAAUUAAUUUACCUGAUGGUGGACGUGCUGAAAUGGAAAUGUAUUUACGUACAUUAUGUAUACAUUUAGGUGAUUCAUCAUUACAAUUACGUCAUUUUUUAAAGCCAAGUAUAUCAGUUGAAAAAAAAGCUGAUGUAGUUGGAGCAAGAUUUGAUGGAAUAUUAGCAAAAACAGUAACUGGUGUAUUUAAUACACUUAAAACAGUUGUACCUGUUUUUGAAAUGAAUGAUGAAGAUAUACCAUUGCCAACAUUAAUACCACUUGCUGAUGUUAAUUGGAAUUUUGUUGAAGAUGAUCAAGGAUCAAAAAUCAUUGAUGAACUUGAACAACUUAUGAAUGAAAGAACUGAUUAUUGUUAUGAAGCUGUUGAAGCAAUUGAAGAAACAAAUAUAUCACAAUUAUUUACCGAAUGGUGGGAGACAAAAAAUGAUCAUCAAUAUGAUGAUGAAGUUGAUGAAAUUAAUGAAAAUCUUAUGAUGACUUGUAUUGCCAUUGAUAUCAUAUGUGAAAUUCUUGCUGGAAGUGGUAGUACAAGUACAUUUAGACAAGAAGCUGUUGUUAGAUGGUUUAAAUUAUUAUUUGGUAAUUAUUGUGAAAAAAAUAUCAAUUUAAAAAUUCAUAAUUUAUUUAAUACUCUACAAAAUAAUAUUGAUAAUAUAUUUUUAAAUAAUAGUAAUAAUAAUAUUGAUGAAAAAAUUAUAAAUGAAUUAUUGGAUAAAUUAUCAAAUAAUUUAACAAUAAUAUUUGGAAAAAAUAAUAUUAUUAAAAUGCUACAAUUUUUAGUUGAUUCAAGUAAAACAGAUAAAAUUAAUUUAGAUUUUUUAUUACGAAUUUUUGAUGCUGGAACAUCUGAAUUUUUAGCUACUUGUAAAAAUAAAAAUUAAUAAACAAAAUUAAGAAGUUUUAUUUUCUUUAUUUUAAAUUUAUGUAAAAUUAUUAACUUUGAGUUUAAAAAAAUUUUACAUUAUAUUAGAAAUUAAGUUUUUUUUUUUUUAUAUAAAAAAUUAAAUGAAAUUGUUUUAAUUUUAUAAUUUAAAUUACAUAGAUAAAUAAUGUUGAGAUAAUUAUGUUUUAUUUAAAUACUAGAUUAAUUAAUCACUCGUGAAAAUAAUAAAUAAAUAAAUAAAAAAUAAUUUGUCAUUAAUGACAAAAUAUAAAUUAUGUAAAUACAAAUUUUAAAGAAAAAAAAAAAAUCAUGUAUCACAGUUAAUAAUAAAAUAAAUAUUGGAUUAUAAUCCAAUUUAUUUAUUAUCAUAUCAAUGAUUGAUUAUUUUUUUAAUCAUAAAAAUUUUUAGUCAGAGACUGAAGGCAUUUUAGGUGGUUCAAUAUCACCAAUGUCAUUAGUCAAUUUAAAUUUUUCAUUUUCAAAUAAAUCAUAAGUUGGAUAUGAUAAAUCAGAUGUUGAUAUAGCUUUUGGAAUAAAUUCAUAAUCAUCAUCAUCAUCAUCAAGUGGUACAAUUGGUUUAUCUUGACACUUGCUAAACAUUGAUUCUUGUAUUAUGUCAUCAUAACUUGGUCGAUCUGUAAAUAAUAAAUAAUAUAAAUCAAAAAAUUCCAAAUACAAAA